AUGCGCGCUGAUCAGUCUCUGACGGUUUGUUCAGACCCCCGGAAGGAACCCUGUCUGGAGGUGGCUCGUCCGACGUCCCUGCAAGGCCCCGAAGCUGAAAUGCAGAUCCUGCUUCACAGUCCGAUACAGGCUUGCGAGGCGGCAGCUGAGGAGAAGUGGGUUCCUCUGUCAGAUAGAGAUCCGUCUGCAGCCCUCGCCGCCGCGCUUGAGUCUUCUAGCGCUGCUGGAUUUGUUGGGCCGUUUACGGCCUCGUCUGAUGCUUCUGCGUCCUCGACGGUUUCCACGCUUCACGCUUGCUCUGCGUGUCGGGACGCCGCGGAGAGUGACGCGUUUUUGGCUUCCCCUCGCAGUCGUGCGGCUACUUGUUCAGUUGGGUCCGAGGUCGCCGGCCCGCGGCCGUCUGCUGUGUUCCCGUGGAGUACAUUCGCGUGCCCUUGCGAGCACCUGUGGCACGGGGACUCUCUGAAGACAGUCGACGAGACGCAGCGAGCGAGCUUUACGAGUGCAAGGCGUCUAAGCACCCGCCUCGGUUUCUCCGACGCCUUUGAAAGCGGUUGGUGGGGUAGGAAAUCCAGGGAGCGAGACCCUUUUAUGGCAACGACGACAACCACGGCAAGCUCCACAAGCGCCGGGCAAGAGUUAUCCUCGCCUUGCCCUCUCGGGGAGAGUGAGUCUUCUAGCUGUAGGGGCCACCCUGAGUCCCCGUUGCCGGCCCGCAAAGAGGGACACUCUCACCUUCGGCUCGCGCUUCCUGUCCCUGCGCCUCCAACGUCGCUCUCGGUCUCGUCCGGCUCCAGCGCGCCCACGCCGGCUGCGCCCGGAGCGAGGACGGACCUGCACAGGGCUUCCCUCCCUGCAGGGCAGUCUGAGGCGGUGCAAGCAUUGCUUCCCGGCGCGAGACAUCACUCGUCUCUUACUUCGUCCGCAGGGUCCUUCGUUUCCCCUCACCGGCGGGUGCUUUUGUCGUCUUCCCUUCGAUCGUCCUUUGCUUCUCCUGUAGGCACCCCGGAAGCGGCUGAGCAGCCAGCCGGCGCGUCCGACAGCGCGCGGCUUCGCAGUGCAGAGCUUGCGCUCCCUGGUGUUCCUUCUACUUCUGCCUUGGCGUUCUUUUCCGUCCCCCGUGUGGCUCUUGGUCCUCUGGAAUCCUUUUCAUCCGGAUCGGCCGCGUCCGCAUGUGAGUCCUCUUGUCUCGCCCCCGACAAUGCCCCACCUUCCGUCUCCUCUCUGCCCUCUUGCGCGAUACCUUCGUCGUUUGCUUCGCCUCUGUGGCUUGCCGGCUUGUCUGCCUCUGCGCCUUCAUUCGCCUCGUCCUCUGCGUGUUCGUCCUCCUCUUCUUUGUCCUCUUCGCCUGCCGCGCCCGUAUCGCCUCCUCACGCGUCGGCGGCGGAAGACCCGCAGCGCUUGCACUCUCCCUUGCACCACCGUUUUGUUUCGUCUCCAAGCGGAUCUCUAGAGCGCGCGAGGCCUCUCUCUCCGCUUGCAUUUGCCAGGAAGUGUAAAGAAACACACACCGAAGGAUCGGUCAGAGACACACGCCAUCCGGGUUUUACAUACACCAGAGAAGACAGCGAAUCACGACGCAUGUCAGUUGCUGCAGGCGGCGGGCCGGAUGGAAUCAGCCUCGCCACUGGCGCAAGGCCCCACAGCAACAACACACAUCGAGAGUCUGUAACGUGUCGCCAAGCGCCCGCCUCAGAGCCUCCGUCUCUGCCUUGUGCUCAUUCGUCUUCGUCAUUUCCCCAGGCGCAGUCCACCUGGCGCUGGCAUCGCGGGGAGGAGCGUGCAGAGGAAAGGACUAAAGCAUCUGAAGACAAAACCAACGCGCAUGCCAGACACGCCUCGACAGGUCUGGCGGGGCGAGGCGCACUCGAAAGGGGAGGCGUCAUAGGAAACAAAAUCUCUGCAAGCAAAACCGAAGGCGGAUCAAACCCGACUGCAGGAUGCUCGUCAGCAGACGACGAAGCGCUGGCCCAGGAGGAGGCCUUCUUACUCUCGCGCGUGGCUGAUGCGAUCGGCUUGAGAAGCGACCGGGCGUUCGUGGAGGCCCUGGACGGCGACCGACCUCACACGCUCUGGGGGCACCCGCAAGAGGCAGGGAGCUGCCGGCGCGGCCGGGUCGCACGCUGGAGUCCGUUCCUGGUCUCGCAGCCGAGCGCACAAGACUCCGACGCAGAGCGGAGCCGCCGCCAGCUGUACGACGCUGCAGCGGCCGCCCUCCUCCUUGCCCCUGCCCUGUUGGCUGAGCUCGAGCAGGACUUCUUCACCUCUUUCAAGCAGGCUGGCGAGCGGAGGGAGAGUCGUAUGUGGAGCGUCUGGAGCUCUUCUCAACACAGGGCGAGGGGGGGGCUCCCGCCGGCCGCGUGCGCAUCUAACGCUUGUGGUCCCGCGUUGCUGUGCGAGCUUCCUGGAUGCGGCGCCCAGGUCGUUCUGCAUCGGCUGUUGGCGCUCGAGGUGUGCAAACAGAUUCGUGCAGCCACACAAAGUGGCGUGCUCCCUCGUGCGGAGAACUCGCAGCCCCGCCUCUGCCGCCGCGCACCCGUUGGCUGCCCUCUCGGCCUUCCACACUCUGCGCGUCUUCGCGAGGUUCUCAGCCGGCGUGACAUUGUGAUGCUCAUUCGCGAAUCCUCUGCUCAAGCGCCGACAGAGGCCCCGGCGUCUGCAACCGCCCGCCGUCAAGGGAUCCACGCAAAAAUACGAACUGUGCGCCCAGAGGAAGGAGAGCGGGGACACAGCGUGCAGGGCUGUGUCGCUGGCGCGCCUCCGCCGCCAGACGCCCCCCUCUUCGGCGUCUACACCUACGCGAACGACUCCCACCGAGACCGCUGCCAAGAGACUGCAGGCGAGCACAGAGAAAGUCCAACCUCCCUUGUACGGUUCUGCCGCCCCUUCCGCCUUGCCGACUUGCUCCCGCGCCGGAUCGGAAGCCGCAGACACGAACUCAGAGAAACACGAGCGAGCGACAGACGCAGACUCGCGGGCAACGAAGAGCGAGGGGGAGACAGCGAAAGCGAGGCUUUAGGCGGGUGUGUGGGCUUGGGGCCCGGGACCUGUGUGGCGCUUCAGGGCGAGGGAGCCGCGUGGGAGUCGUCUUCAGUUCUUUCACUUUUUCCGCGUUUGCUUUGGGUGGAGCAGGUUUUGUCGCCUUUCGCCAAGGCUUACAAGCGCUCAUCGUCCUCAUACUCGUGCCUCUCCUCUUCUGCUGGCGCUGCAUCCCGUGCGUCUCACUUGACGCCCGCGGCCCGUCGGGCGGCGGAGAAAGUCGCAGAUGCCGCAUUGUCGCCUUCUUCAAGGGGCCGCGCGAACGUGUCGCAGAGAGGCGAAUACGCAGAGGCAGUUGCGGAAGAGAAAAAUCGAAACAUGCAACCGGGACGCCGUUUGCGAAGAGGCGCACACGAGACACUGUACGACCAAAACGAGGGGCGCGACUUCGGUACAAAGGCGACUCGCAGGCGCGGGAAUCGGCGAGGCCUCGCGAGCGACGUAGAGGAAACUGCCGCCGCAAAGGGACAUCUUGAGGGACCACACGACGGCGAAGAAGGUGACAGCGACUCUGAGGAACAAGGGCAUCGGUGUUUGCUGGCAUGCCGUCUCAAACAACCCGGCUGUCGCUUCUUCAUCGGGGAGGCAGGCGGCGUGGGACAACUCGUCGCUGCGGAGAUUCUAGUCGGAUGCCCGUACCGUGCGAUUCGUCACCUGCUCGCCUCGCGGACGUUUCUUCUGCGAAGGCAGGCCUCUCGGGUCUUGCGUGACCACGGGUCAGCCAUCGCCUCUCGGCUGCGACUUGCGCCGUUUUGGCGUCCUCGCGUGCCGCCGUCGUGCGCUUCGUCUACAUCUCGUUCAGGCUCGGGCGCUUCUUGCCUCCCUCCGCCGCUGAGCGCAGGCGCUCCCUCCACUCCCGCACCUCCCCAGGCCACGUCCGGCGCCGCCGCUGCCUCCAGGCCAUCCUCUGCGGCGUGGAUGUGCGGCGCAGGCACACACGCAGCAGCCGGAAUCGGACGGAACGGAGAGAGUGAUCCAGACAAGGGGGGUGCAGCAAAGAGAGGAGACGAAGAAUCAGGCGACUCCACGCAGGCGCGAGAGAGCCACGGCACGCCUACGUGCUUUCCGCCGCUUGUCGCGGAAUUGAGCCGUAACAUUCUCGCGAGACGCCAGAGAGAAAACAAGAUGUACGCCGCUCUGCGCAUGCAGGCCGUCUCUCUUCCUGAUGAGGCGCGGUGCGUGCCGAAGAGACCUGACCGCAUCCCACUCAGCGAGGCUCAAGAGGCGGCGACGCGCGGCGCCCGCGGAGGAGGAGGCUAUCUCUGGCCCUGGCAGGACAGACGACGGCAAGGCGCUGCGUGUGUCUGGAAGUCCCUUCCGCGUUUGCUGGGAGUGGCCUCACAAGCGUGCGCCUCGUCACCGUGUCCUCGCGCUCCGGCGAGCUCGCCUUUUGCGUCCUUCCCUUCUGCCUCAUCAUUUCUGUCUUUCUCGGCAGUCGCGCUCUCCUCGGCCUCUUCUCGUAACUCGUCUGCUCUGCCGCUGUCCCUCUCGUCGUUUGGCGCUCGCCCGGCGUCCUCUGCGUCGCGCGCUUUUUUUGCCCAAGGGGAGUGGCCUUUGCGUCCGCAGGCGCAGGCGCCAGGCUCAGCCUCGCAAACUGAGGAAGCGCACGAAGGGGAGGUCUGCGUCGCAGCACUCCGCUCGAAAGCAUGCUCGGACGCGGCGCGGAUCAGGGCCGCUCGAUGCAGUUCCGCGCACCACUCCCCCGUGUGUUUUGGAGAUGAUAUGAAAACCGUAAGCCCGCCCUCGAAAAAGGCUACAGCCGCUCCCCUCGCCACCACCACUGCAGCAGCGGCGGGGCUGCCCAUUUGGGCGCCUCCUCAGGCAAAAGAGAAGCAGGGAGAGGGAACGAGCUUACGCGGGCUCGGUGUAGCAGCCGAAGGGAGAGGAGGUGAACGUGGAGAGCGUGGGCGAGCGGCGAGCGUCGCGGGGGACGGAUAG